AUGGUCUUGAGAAUACAUACAUUGGUUCCGCUGUUGUCACUGGUGCUUCCAACACUCGGUCGUGCAUUCGUAGCGCAGCAAGUCCCGUCGCGACUCUCGGCACGGGCAUUUCCCCGGUUGUUCGCAUCCGAGGAUUGGAAAAUCGAAAUUGACAUGCCUCCUGUUGGAUCAGGCAUCAAAGCCUACAUGAAGAUUCUACCUAUUCUUUCGGUUCCUUCCGAGAUCGUGCAAGUACGCUACAAGGUACCAUUUGGUUUAAACGUCGAACCCAAGAAAAGCUUGGCGGUGUGUACCAAAGAUGGUCCUGGAGGAGAAAAGGUCGGGGAUGUCUUGAGGUACACUACACAGUGGACGCUUGGAUUACCAGCCGGCGAUGGACUGGUCACGACGGCAGCUUCCUUUGCGGGUGGCCUAUCCUGGCAAUGUAGCAUGUUUGAUGUCAUGAACGCCAAGGCAUGGGAACAAGUGGUGGAAGCGCUGGUCAGCAAUGUGGACACUAAAACUGAUGAGGUUGUUUUGCUCUUUGAACGGCCUUUGGAAGGCACUGCUCCCGAGGUUGAGUAAAGGUUGCGGACAUAUUCAAGCUAGCUAGCAUGGAACUCGGGUCGUCUUAGAGACCACCUUUGGAAUGCGCGGCAAAGGGCUACUCUCCAAUCGACGAAGCAAACUCGAUGAGCUAAUGAUCCAGAGUUGUAAAAUGCCAUAUAUAUUUUAAUUUUU